AUUGCAGAAGGAUUGUCGCUGCGCAUCUCUGGCUUGUGUAUUACUAUUGCUGUCGCUGGUUUCAUUUACCCUCUUCUCUUCUGACUGACUCUGAUCCUUUUAUCUCUCAUCCAUGGCCACCUCGACUGGCACCGGCUGGGCUCAACUCCGCCAGCAGGCCCGCUCGCUGGAGACUCAGACCGAAACCCUCUUCCACUCCUACGCCCAAUAUGCCUCCAUGACGAAACUCCCCUCGACACCCUCCGACGACGAACUCCGCCUCGAAUCGCAACUGAAAGAACUCCUCGAAAAGCGCACCUCCCUCAUCUCCCAACUCGCCCGCCUCCUCGACUCCGAAGCAACCCUGACCUCGUCCGCCCUGAAACAAAACAACCUCGCCCGCCACCGCGAAGUCCUAACCGACCACCGGCGCGAGCUGUCGCGCCUCGCCGCCGCAAUCGCCGAGUCCCGCGACCGCGCCAACCUCCUCUCCAACGUGCGCUCCGACAUCAAUGCCUACCACGCCUCGAACCCCGCCGCCGCCGAGGCCGACUACAUGCUCGAGGAGCGCGGCCGCAUCGACAGCUCGCAUAACGUCAUCGACGGCGUCCUGAGCCAGGCGUAUGCGAUCAACGAGAGCUUCGGGCUGCAGCGCGAGACCAUCGCCAGUAUUAAUCGGCGCAUUGUCGGUGCGGCGGGCCAGGUGCCUGGGAUGAAUGCGUUGAUGGGCAAGAUUGGGAGUAAGAGGCGCAGGGAUGCGUUGAUCCUGGGGGCGUUUAUUGGGGUUUGUUUUUUGAUGUUGCUGUUUUUGAGAUGAGGUCCCUCUUAUCGUUCGUUUGAUGUUCUGGUUGAGGGGUGGGUGGAUGGGGAUUGUUUAUAAAGGGGGUGAUUGUCUGAUUGAAUAGCCUGGUUUCGUCUUGUUCAUAUUGGUUAUUGGCUGGUAUCAUUUGGGAUGGCGUUGCAUGGUUGUCUUUCCAUUUCUAUUACUAUACAGGAAUUCUAAUCACAUCGGCGCUGGCGUUUCGAGGUCGAGAUUGCCGAUAUAUUGUGUAUGUACAUACUGGGGUUGCGAAACCGAUCCAUAAUAUACACGGAGUGUGUUGAUCC